AUGGAGCUGCAAUACUCGCCGCGCAAUUCUCCCGGCGGCACUAUGCAUAUGCUGUCGCCCACCCAUCCCUCCGUGGACGGCCUUUCAACCAUUCGUCAAAUCCGUCGCUCUCUUUCGCGCUCGCCAUCCAAGCCCUCGCGCUUCCAACUUUUCACUACCAAGGCAACCCCGGUAUCGCCUCCAAGCCUCAUGUCGCCGGCUCCCAAAUCGCCAUCUGCACUGAGCCGCGCCGUGACCGUCGACUGUGCGCAAUACGACCCUAGACCAAAGACCACUGGGAACCGCACAGGGCCUUUGCGCACUCGAUCGCGCAGAACCUCUCCAAACAGCCCUUUGAGACGUGCUCUGAGCGACAAUGCCAAUCAGGCCAACGCUGCUCCUCGAUACCUGAGCCGCAGAAGUUCAGCCGAGCACGACCAAGAGAACAUGGAUUGCAGCGAGGAUAGCCUGAAACCAGCGUCCGUGCUGCCGCGCUUCGACGACCCUAUCAAGAUCGAUUUUGGACGGCCAGGGCCUGAGAAGCUGCUGCAACCUGUAAUGCGCGAUCACGCCUCCCCAAUGAAGUCGAGUCCGCUGAAGAGGAGUGAUGGUGUCAUGAACCUGGAGGCUGCUACCUUUGGCAGUACACGCAGCAGCAAGCGUCGCAGCGUACACGGCACUUCUAUGGGAAAUGACUUCAAUAUCUUCGACCACGCCUUUGACAACGCACAAUCAGCCGAUUCUGGCGAAUCGAGCGAAGAGAAGGAGAAGGAGAAGGAUGGAGGACCGGUGUUCACCUGGAACACAUCCUCCGCACAUUCACCACAGAGACGCCCUCCGAGCCUGCGCAAAUCAACUUUACAACAGCGUGCAGGUUCAAGUCGCAAGAAUCUCUACGCUGAGUCAAUGCGAGAUUCCGUGAUGAGCCCGUCGUUGUCUCGCGCUCGAUCGCGCUUCUCUCUCGAUGGCGCCUUGCCAUUGCGUAGCCCUGACAUGGACUCUCCUUCUCGUCGCGGCAAUGUUAGCGAUCCGCCGGUGCUGUUCCCUCCGCCGAUGCAGAAGACCUAUCAAUCGGCGCCAAAGCCGCAUCCACUGUCACAAGCUUUGACUCCGUCCUCGUCCACCUCGAGUGUUACCGCCGAGGAUAGCCAGGAGAGCAAUCGGCAGCCCGAGGCGAACGAGGGCAGGACCGAAGCUCCCCAGCUGGAACGUCCGACAGACAUGUCAAAGCCGCCACCAGGCUUCUCAAGGUCUCUUCCCGUCGGUGCAAUGCGUCAUGUUCAGGAGUCUGCACAGGAUGACAAAUCUACUCCUGCCGCUUUCAAGAUGGCAAAGCCGCUUCCGCAGGCAUUCAUGUCUACGGGCUUGAUCUCCAAGCGCCAUCGUAACAUUGAUGGCCCAGGUUCAUCACUCUUUUCCAGCACAAACAUGCCAGAUACCCCGUCGAAGAAAGCGCCGCACAUCACAUUCGGCGCAACUCCAGCACCUUCGGCGCUCGGCAAGGUUGCUAGACCAAUGCACGAGUUCGGUAGCCCAAGCACGCCCUUCAAUGGCCGCGUGUCCAGCAUAUCGCCGGAAUCUUUCGGCAAGGGAGUCAACAUCUUCGGAUCUCGAGUCAACCAGCCACAGCUUACUCGCCGGAGCAGUUUCCUGAGCAUCGAUGGAGACGAAGCACAGUCGCCCACGCAUAGUCUGGAAAUUCAAGCGAACGAUGACUUGCCUCCGACGCCGACCAAGUCAACGUCAACGACCUCUCGACCACAGUCUAAGGGUAAGAGUAACAGUCUCCGCAGCAGCCUGUUCGGGAGGAGGACAUCUUUGGGGCCUGACACGUUUGCUUCACCUGCCGACCGUGAGCAUUCGCCAACUCCGGACGAGCAAUGUAAGUACAUGGAUGCGUCUACGCCUUGUUUUCGGGCGGCCAGAGACACCGGCUGCGCAAUUGAUGAUUCGCCAAUGCCUUUCAUCACAUUGACGUCCUGUACGACUCCUUCGCCGUCUUGCGUUCGGAGCCAGUCGAUGCAUGAAACGCAACGACCGGCUUCUCCUUCACCGCUUGCUAAGAGAUCGCUUCGUUCUCUCCCCUCGUUGGAUGCGUCCGCGACUACCCGUAUCCGAUCUGACUCUCUUCCAGCGCCCACUCACACGGGGACUCUUGAGGGCGCAGACCAACAGUCUCCGCACACUCCUCAGGAUUCUUUCACGCCACCAGACCCGAGCAGUCUGUCAAUUUCCGUGGAGGAUCGAGGAUCUUCGCUGUUCAACAGCAACAGCUUUCCACCGGCGACUCCCACUGGACCGCGGAGCGAACACUUCAGUCACGGCCAGGGUCAGGCAAACGUAUCCUCAAGCUACUUUGCAAACGACGUCGACACUGCAUUGACCUCCCGCUUUGCCAAGGUCACUACCAUCGGCGCUGGCGAGUUCUCUCAGGUCUACAAGGUCGAGCAGCCGGUGCCCAAUGGCCCCUCUGCGCGCCACAAUCAAGGUAGUCCUGGCAGCAAUGUCUGGGCGGUGAAGAAGUCUCGGCGAGCAUACAUUGGAAUUCGGGACAGACAGCGUAAGAUGCAAGAAGUGGAGAUUCUGAGAUCACUCCGUGGCAACGAGCACAUCGUCGAACUGGUGGAUGACUGGGAGGCCAAGAACCACCUGUAUAUCCAGACCGAGUACUGUGAUAAUGGCAACCUGAAGGACUUCCUGACCCAAACUGGCUACAAGGGGCGACUGGAUGACUUCCGCAUCUGGAAGAUCCUCCUGGAGAUGGCGCAAGGCGUCAAGACAAUCCACGACGCCGGUUUUAUCCACCUCGAUUUGAAGCCGGCAAACGUCUUCAUUGAUUGGGAGGGUCUCCUCAAGAUCGGCGACUUUGGCAUGGCCAGCACCUGGCCUGCUCCACGUGGAAUCGACGGGGAGGGUGAUCGCGAAUAUAUCGGGCCCGAGGUUCUCUCUGGCCGCUUCGACAAGCCUGCUGAUAUCUUCUCGCUCGGUAUGAUCAUGCUGGAGAUUGCCGGCAACAUUGUCCUCCCCGACAAUGGUGCAUCAUGGCAGCGAUUGCGCGCGGGCGACCUCAGCGACUUGCCAAGCCUGACGUGGAGUUCCGACAGCAGCUUGGUGCGUGACGAGUCCGGCGAUCCAGUCGAGCUUCUCAACGGGCAGUCGAACGAGUCGCUUUGCACGUCGAAUCAGGGCGACGACGACCUGAGCUUCCUGCGUCCUACGGCACCCAAGACGGAGCGCGCGCAAGAUCUCGUCCAGCCGCCGAACUUUAUGGUUGACCACACGGACCCGGAGGCGCUGAAUCGCAUGGUGCAGUGGUUGAUCUGCCCCGAUCCUGAUCAGCGUCCUUGCGUCGACCAGGUUCUCUCGGCUGGAAGUGUGCAGUGGGUCCAGCAGCGUCGGCGCGCUGGAGCGACGAUAUAUGAAGGCAGUUGGGGGCCGGCAGACGAUGUGCUCAAUCACGGAGCGGAGCACGACGACGUGGAGAUGACUGAUAUUUAA